AAUAAGAAAUAAGAUCUUCCUAGUAUAUGUCAUUGGUUUCUCUUCCCUUACUGAUAUUACCCUGGAAGAUGGGAAGAUUGGUGAACUUUGCAACUUUUAGUAUUUUAAGGAGGAGUUUCUCUUUAUCAUCUGGUUGUCUACAAUGUUCAAACCAGCCACUGACAAUCUGUACUGAGAGUAAUGGCAUCAGAAAAAUAUGUUUGAAUGAUCCAAAGAAAAGAAAUGCUUUAUCCUUGUCUAUGUUGAAGAGAUUACAAGAUGACUUGACAAGAGACAUUGAUAACUUAAGAGCAAUUAUAAUUACAGCUCCAGGGAAAGUCUUCUGUGCUGGUCAUGAUUUAAAAGAGCUGAGAAGUGAAGAUGGACGACAGCAUCAUAUAGAGGUAUUCCAAUCAUGCUCAGAGAUGAUGAAUACAAUUCAGGAUUUACCUGUUCCUGUUAUAGCUGAAGUUUCAGGUCUAGCAACAGCAGCAGGAUGUCAACUGGUUGCUACCUGUGAUAUAGCAGUAGCUUCAGAAAAGUCACAGUAUGCCACACCGGGAGUAAAUGUUGGUUUAUUUUGUUCUACACCUGCAGUAGCAGUUGGAAGGGCUGUACCAAGAAAGGUUGCUAUGGAAAUGUUAUUUACUGGCCACCCAAUAUCAGCUCAAGAUGCAUUGUUGCAUGGUCUAGUGAGUAAAGUUGUACCAGAAGACAAAUUGGAAGAAGAGACAAUGAAGAUAGCAGAAAGAAUCUGUGAGUCCAGUAGAAGUGUUAUAGCCCUUGGUAAAGCUACAUUUUAUGCACAAAUGAAUUUAGAAAGAAAAGAAGCAUACAAACUGACUGCCCAAGUGAUGGUGGAGAAUCUAUCUAUCAGUGAUGGACAGGAAGGAAUCAAGUCAUUCAUUGAAAAGAAAAAGCCAGUCUGGUCACACAAUACAAAUAAAGUACAUUGAAGUGAAUAUCAAUAAGAAAUCUUAGGGAUCAUUGUCAAAUAAAACAUGUACUGAAUCAAAUUAAUCAUCAGCAGCAUUAUUUUGUUUCUGUUUUAUGGUUUGAAAACAUUGCACUAUUCAAUUCUAAUGCUUUUGACACACAUUAUUCAUAAUGUUUGUUUUCUAGUCAUCGUUUGCCACAUAACAUCAUACGUACAUGAAGUUAUUCUGAAUCACUUCUUUGAAAUUUUUUAUUAACAUCUUUUAUGAUUUAUCUAUAGGGUACUGUACUUGUUAACCAGAAAAAAACUAUUGAAUCAGUUUGACAAAAAUUUAUCCCCAAAAUUAUCAGGAAACCUGUUGAUUUAGAUUGUUCAUUUAGAAAUGAGAAUUUAAUGAAAAAGUAUACACUUUUUAAUCAAAUUUUGUUUUUCCUUUACAAUAAAGGACAAGUAUUCAUCUUUUAAAAUGUUCAUUUGGGGCCCUUUAUAGCUUGUUGUUCGGUGUGAGCCAAGGCUCCGUGUUGAAGGCCGUACUUUAACCUAUAAUGGUUUAAUUUUUAAAUUGUUAUUUGGAUGGAGAGUUGUCUCAUUGGCACUCACACCACAUCUUCCUAUAUCUAUGUUAUACAAUGCUUUGGAUAUUUUAUUGAUGUAAAACAUGCUUAUUUGUGUGUAAAACCCUGUAAAAAUCUGUUACAAUAUCAAGUUUGUUAUCAAUUGACCAUAAAUAAACCUGAGAAAUAUGUUUUGAUAAUUGAAUAGUAAGAAAGUUAUGACAAUUAUUGCAUAACUGUUUAUUAACUAUUUAUAAAGUAAGAAAAAAUGUUUUUUAUAAAAUUAUUGAUAUUUAA